AUGGUGUGCUCCUGCUGCCAGUGGUCAGACAUUGCCCUGUAUUCCUUCUACUGCGUACAGUACUGGGGCUGGCUCCUGCUGCAGCUCUACGUUAUCCUGAUCCUUUUGAAGUUCUCUUUUGUUAAGGGCUCAGCAGAUUCGUACACAAGCAGACCCUCAGACUCUGAUGUCUCUUUGGAAGAAGACAGGGAAGCAAUCCGCCAAGAAAGAGAACAGCAAGCAGCUAUACAACUUGAAAGGGCGAAGUCCAAACCAGUAGCAUUUGCUGUUAAGACUAAUGUGAGUUACUGUGGAGCUCUGGAUGAAGAUGUUCCUGUCCCAAGCACUGCCAUCUCUUUUGAUGCCAAGGACUUCCUACACAUUAAAGAGAAAUACAAUAACGACUGGUGGAUAGGAAGGCUGGUUAAGGAGGGCUGCGAGAUUGGCUUUAUUCCAAGCCCGCUUAGACUGGAGAAUAUCCGCAUUCAACAGGAGCAGAAGAGAGGACGUUUCCAUGGAGGGAAAUCGAGUGGAAAUUCUUCUUCAAGUCUUGGAGAAAUGGUUUCUGGCACGUUUCGAGCCACGCCCACUUCCACGGCAAAACAGAAGCAGAAAGUGACAGAACAUGUGCCCCCCUAUGACGUGGUGCCGUCAAUGAGACCUGUUGUCUUGGUGGGUCCGUCACUGAAAGGCUAUGAGGUGACAGACAUGAUGCAGAAAGCUCUCUUUGACUUCCUGAAGCACAGGUUUGAUGGGAGGAUAUCAAUAACUAGAGUGACAGCUGACAUUUCUCUUGCUAAGAGGUCUGUUCUAAAUAAUCCAAGCAAGAGGGCAAUAAUUGAGCGGUCAAAUACAAGAUCCAGUUUAGCCGAGGUACAGAGCGAGAUUGAGAGAAUCUUUGAGCUGGCACGGUCCUUACAACUGGUUGUCCUAGAUGCAGACACUAUCAAUCACCCUGCACAACUUAUCAAGACGUCUUUAGCACCAAUUAUCGUCCACGUUAAAGUGUCUUCUCCAAAGGUUUUGCAGCGACUGAUUAAAUCUAGAGGAAAGUCGCAAAGUAAACACUUGAACGUUCAGUUGGUGGCAGCUGAUAAACUUGCACAAUGCCCACCAGAAAUGUUUGAUGUGAUUUUGGACGAGAACCAGCUUGAGGAUGCUUGCGAGCACUUGGCAGAGUAUCUUGAGGCGUACUGGCGUGCUACCCACACCACCAGUAGCACACCCAUGACUCCUCUCCUCGGGCGGAAUUUAGGAUCCACUGCACUUUCACCGUACCCUGCUGCAAUCUCUGGAUUACAGAGCCAGCGUAUGAGGCACAGCAGCCAUGCUACCGAGAACUCUCCCAUUGAGCGACGAAGUCUAAUGACCUCAGAUGAAAAUUAUCACAAUGAAAGGGCUCGGAAGAGCUUGUCUUCCAGUUCCCAACACAGCCGAGAUCACUAUCCUCUAGUGGAAGAAGAAUACUCUGACUCAUACCAGGACCCUUACAAACCCCCCAGGAACCGAGGAUCCCCCGGAGGAUACAGCCAGGAGUCGCGACACAGGCUUUGAGCCCAAGAACCUGGGGGAAAGUAGUAUUUAUUCAUCAGUUGAUACCUUGCCAUACUGUAGCUAGGAAAAAAGAAUCAUCUUAAUUUGGCAGAUGUAACGCGGUUAUACUGAAGUUGCACUCUGCUGUCAUUUGAUGUUAAGUAGGGGGCAAAAACAAGUUACCAUGCCCUUACGUUUAUGCCCGAUCAUAUAGGUUGGUUUAUUUGUUGGGUUUUUUUUUUUUAGUACAGCAUUUGCAUCUAUAGCCAUACUUUUUCUUGUCAUUAGAUACUAGACACAUUCGUUUGUCAUUUAGGGUACUUAUCAAGGCACUUAUAAAAUAAUUUCCUGUGCUGGAAAUUCCAAAUGACCAGUUCCAGUUGGAACCAAUUUAUAAACCAAUUCCUGUUGGAAUUUGGGUGAAUUGACUGGAAAGUCGACUUGAGCAUGUUGCAAUCAAUUGAAAAAAAAUACAAACGAAAAAUCUGAAAAUUACAAAUCACUGGAAGCCAGAAAGCCAGCUACAGUAUUUGUUUGCUGGAAGCUCAAUUUACGUUUAAAGUUAGAAUAAAAGAAUUUAUUCUAGCUACUUAUUUCCAGAAUGGCUUGUUCAGACAAACCAAAAGUAAACUAUUGAGAGUGCCAAAUAUCACAAAUUAUUGCAGCAGUUACAAAAUACUUUCCAGUUUGAAAUUAUUUUUAGACCUGGCAUGAAUGUUGCAGCAAAAUGAUUUCUUUCGUUUAGCCAGUACUGACAUUUUUGUUGCGGUCAGCAAUGAUGAACUCUGACAGGAUAAGGGGAA